UAUCAUUUGUCUUCACAGAUAUUGCCGUCCCUUCAGUCAUUUUGUAUUUACGCAGCGUUUGGUGUAUUACUGACGUUUUUAUUUCAAAUUACAUUUUACGUUGCGUUCUUCACUCUUGACGCACGACGAAUCGAGAACAAGAGAAAUGCGUUACUGCCAUGUAUCGUUCACGAAAAUUUCACACCAAAGUUCGUCAGUCCUCAAGAGGAACUUCCGUCGAGAUUGAUAACCUACUUGUACUCGAAUGUGAUUUUAACAAAACCUGGAAAGAUAUUGAUAGUAUUAAUAACAGUAAUUAUCGCAUCUGUCGGAAUUAAGGGUAUACUACAAUUACAGCAGUGGUUUGAUCCACGUUGGUUUAUACCGGAUCAUUCCUAUCUAAGCAAGUAUAUCAACAUGAUGCGUCUCGAAUAUCCCGAGCGUGGAUAUGAAGCAAUAAUUCUUAUGGGAGACUUUAAUUACACCUCUGAAUUUCCAAAAAUAAUAUCUUUGGCGGAAACAUUCGCCAAUCUAUCAACCGUAGAAAGUCUAAAGUCAUGGCCCCAUGAUUUCACGAAAUUUGUCUUGCAAUUUUUUGGAAAAGAUUUGAGAUACACAAUCAUUGGAGACAUAGAAUUCCGCCAUUAUUUAUCCAAAUUCUUGUUCAGUAAAGACGGUGGAAAAUAUCAGCGGAACUUCCGUUUCAACGGAGAUUUAGUAUGCGGAGAAAAUACGCCGCCAAUCGCAGUAUCUACGAUAGAUUUCAUCUUCAGACGAUUUCAUGGUCCUCACCAGUGGAUCCCAGCGAUGGAUAAUAGCAAACUGGUGGCUCGUGCUGUAGGAAUCGAUGGUUUUGUCACGGUGUGGAGUGAAGUGUUUAGCCUAUGGGUCACGGACAAAUUAAUUGCUCAAGAAGUGCAGCGUAAUGUCCUAUUAGCUCUGAUUUGUGUCAUGGGAAUGACAGCCUUAUUGAUUGCCGAGUUGCAAACCUGCUUCUGGAUCUUCUUGUGUGUUCUUCUCACACUUUUGAACGUCUGCGGUUUCAUGUAUUUCUGGGGUCUAACCAUAGACAUUGCAUCUUGCAUAGGUUUGGAAUUGGGCAUCGGAUUAUGUGUAGACUAUGCUGCUCACGUUGCACAUGCUUUUGUGCACGCUGCUAGUGAAACCGGAGGCGAAGAUCGAACAGAAAGAGCUCACAUAGCAGUUAGAUACAUUGGAGCAGCGGUUGCAUACGGUGCAGGUUCAACGUUGCUCGCGCUUUCUAUGAUGGCAUUCUCAGAAAGUUACGUGCUUCACGCGUUCUUAAAGAUCUUCGUUUUGGUGAUAUUAUUUGGUCUUUGGCAUGGGCUGUUCCUUCUGCCCGUAAUAUUGAGCACAAUCGGACCGAGGAGUUUGCGAUCGCGCAGCACACCGCAGUCUCCGGAAAAAGUGGAAGACACGGGCGACACUGUGAUCAGUCCACUAAAUAAAGAAACAGAGAGUUAAAAGAACUCCCGGAAAAAUGAUUCUUUAUCAAUAAUAUUUAUUUUUGGUUCAAUAAACAUACAAAAUUAUUACACUA